CAGCGAUGGAACCCUCCACCCGGAGCGAGAAGGAGAGUGCAGGAGGCACGGCGACAGGAGAGUGCGUGAAUAGGAUCCCGGUGCCAAGACCGCCCUCCAUUGAGGAAUUCGACAUAGUGAAGCCCAUUAGCCGGGGCGCCUUCGGGAAAGUGUAUCUGGGGCAGAAAGGCGGCAAGUUGUAUGCAGUGAAGGUUGUCAAAAAAGCAGACAUGAUCAACAAAAAUAUGACUCAUCAGGUCCAAGCUGAGAGAGAUGCACUGGCACUAAGCAAGAGCCCUUUCAUUGUUCAUUUGUAUUAUUCACUGCAGUCUGCAAGCAAUGUCUACUUGGUAAUGGAGUAUCUUAUUGGUGGUGAUGUCAAAUCUCUCCUUCAUAUAUAUGGUUAUUUUGAUGAAGAAAUGGCCGUGAAAUAUGUUUCUGAAGUAGCAUUGGCUCUGGACUACCUUCAUCGACAUGGAAUUAUCCACAGGGACUUGAAACCAGACAACAUGCUCAUUUCCAAUGAGGGUCAUAUUAAACUGACAGAUUUUGGCCUUUCCAAAGUUACUUUGAAUAGAGAUAUUAAUAUGAUGGACAUUCUUACAACACCAUCAAUGGCAAAACCUAGACAAGAUUAUUCAAGAACCCCAGGACAAGUAUUAUCUCUCAUCAGCUCUUUGGGAUUUAAUACAUCAGUUGUAGAAAAAAAUCAAGACUCUGCAGACAUCCUUUCAACUCAUCUGUCUGAAAUAUCACAGUUUUCUCAAGACACUUGUCCUAUGUCUAUUGAUGAAAAGGACGCUACUUCUUAUUCUAGCAAACUACUAAAAUCAUGUCUUGAGACGCUUACCUCCAACCCAGGAAUACCUGUGAAGUGUCUAACAUCUAAUCUGCUCCAGUCUAGGAAAAGGCUGGCUACGUCCAGCGCCAGUAGUCAAUCCCACACCUUCAUAUCCAGUGUGGAAUCAGAAUGCCACAGCAGUCCCAAGUGGGAAAAGGAUUGCCAGGAAAAUGACGAGGCAUUGGGCUCUACAACAGUGAGUUUGAAUACAACUGAAAAGUUAUGUGCAGAAUCUACAAAUGCCAUCGAAAUCCAAAGUUUCCAUAAAAAGGAUCUUGAGUUAGCCCUUUCUCCCAUUCAUGACAGCAGUGCCGUUCCUGCCCCUGGGAGCUCUCGUGGAAACCUUGCCCCAAAAUGCUUCUCUGAGGAAGUUUCUUGGGAAGCAGGAGAACUAGAAAUAAACAUAAAGACAGCCACUGACCCAAGACAGUCUGAUUUCCAUCAGGUGGAUCAGUGGGCUGUGGAUUCUGCUGAGAUAUCUGAAGAGUACCUUGGGAAAAGAAGUUUAAAAAGAAAUUUUGAGUUGGUUGACUCCAGUCCUUGUCAGGAAAUUAUACAGAAUAAAAAAAGUUGUGUGGAAUAUAAGCAUGAUAAUGAAACGAUAAAUUGUUAUACAAAUCCAAGUACAGGCUUAACAGGUGAUGUUCAGAACCUGAAGCUGUCGACACACAGAAGUCAACAAAAUGACUAUGCUAAUAAGGAGAACAUUGUCACUACUUUUAUUGAUAAACAACAAACACCAGAAAAAUUAUCUAUACCAAUGAUAGCAAAAAACCUCAUGUGUGAACUGGACAAAGACUGUGAAAAGAAUAAUAAGAAGGGACUCUUAAGUUCCAGUUUUCUAUGUUCUGAUGAUGACAGAGCUUCUACAAGUAUAUACAUGAACUCUGAUUCAUCUCUUCCUGAAAUUUCUAUAAUGGAAAGUUCAUUAGAAAGGCAAUCCUUAGAUCCAGAUAAAAGCAUCAAAGAAUCUUCUUUUGAAGAAUCAAAUAUUGAAGAUCUGAUUAAUGUAUCACCAAACUGCGAAGAAAAUACCUUACCGAAAGGUGUUGAGAACUCUGCUAUCCAAGACAGUGACCAAAAAAUGUUAGCUCCUUCUUUGGAGGGGUUGAAAAUGUUCACCUCCAAAAGAAAUGCUGUUGCUUUUCGAAGUUUUAACAGUCAUAUUACUGCAUCCAAUAACUCAGAACCAUCCAAAAUGAACACUGCUUCUUUAGAUGCAAUGGAAAUUUCGUGUGCUUAUACUGGUUCAUAUCCCAUGGCUAUAACCCCUACCCAAAAAGGAAGAGUCUCUAUGCCAUAUCAGGGAAGAUGGGAUUAUGUGGCUUGCAGAACAUGCUUACAAGUUACAGCUAUUUCCUCUUACAUAACAGGUCCUGCGGUAGACUGGUGGGCACUUGGAGUUUGCUUAUUUGAAUUUCUGACAGGAAUUCCUCCUUUCAAUGAUGAAACACCACAACAGGUGUUCCAGAAUAUUCUGAAAAGAGAUAUUCCUUGGCCAGAAGGUGAAGAAAAGUUAUCUGAUAAUGCUCAAAGUGCCGUAGAAAUACUUUUAACCAUCGAUGAUACAAAGAGAGCUGGAAUGAAAGAACUGAAACAUCAUCCUCUCUUCAGCGACGUGGACUGGGAAAAUCUGCAGCAUCAAACUAUGCCUUUCAUACCCCAACCAGAGGAUGCAACAGACACAUCCUAUUUUGAAGCCAGGAAUAACGCUCAGCACCUGACUGUAUCUGGAUUUAGUCUAUAGCACGUAUAUUUCCUUUCAGUCAAACCUUGUGUUAUAGAAUAUGCUUGCAUAAUUAUAUACUUUUUAAUACUAAACUGAUUUAAGGGUGGAAAUUAUACUUGGGUCAAUGUGCAUUUAAUGUAUGUUACAGCUUUCACAGAGUUAAAAGGCUGUCAGGAAUAUAAUCAAUAAUUUAUCUUAAUCUCAGAACUGUAUAUUAAUCUUAAAAGCUAUUUUGUCUUAUUUAUUUUGUUUACUGCACUUUAUGAAAACUAAAGCAUCAAUAAAACUAGAAUGACACUAA